AUGUUCACCAUCAGCUACAUUGCGGCUCACCCACGGCGCUACAUUGGCCCGCAGCUCCUGCAGACAAUCGUACAAGGACUAGAAACCGGCUACAUCAUCUCUCAAUCCAUUCGUUUCUGGAGCCGCGCGGACAUGGAGUCGCGCGGCACGAAGGCUCUUGUGGCAUUCGUCAGCUUGAUCGCUUUCUUCCAGACCGCAGCUGACGAUUGGAACACGUGGAUGAUGUUUGUGGACCACUUUGGUGACUUUACUGUCAUCUCGAACCCCAGUUGGUCACGCCGAAUAGCCCAAUUUAUGACGGCAUUGAUGGGCUCCCCAGUGCAAAGUUUCUUGAUCUGGCGGUGCUGGGUGCUUAUGGGUAGACGCCGGCUCGUCAUGAUUCCUCUGGCUUCCAUACUCAUUGUAUCAUUCGCUGCAAGUAUCCUCAUUGUGUUCAAUGCAUUGCAAACGAGUUCCAACGGUCCCCAUCCGUCUAGAGACCUUGUCGACGUUGCUGUCAUCGACGUAGUGGUCACGGUUAUCUUGCUCACCUUCUUACUACGGUCUCGUGCGGAUGCCCAUUCAAGACGUUUUCGACGCGCUGUGGCGCGGUUGAUGACAAUUUCCUGGGAGGCCGCGCUCCCCCCGUGCAUGUGCGCCCUCAUAGCAGCCAUCACUCAUUACAUCACUGCAUUCAACCCGUGGGACCUUGCAUUCCAAACCGUUCUCGGAAAGCUCUACGUCAUCGCGCUGUUCGUCACUCUGAAUGGACGAGCGGAAAUCGACGCCGAGCGCCUGCGUUCAUGUACUUUACCUACCGUAGCCUUUACAACCAUGAAUCAAGAAGUGCACGAGCUUACAGCCGUACAAGCAACUCCUGAGUGCGAGCCCACGAGUCGUGUGUUGCUGGUCAAAAACGGCCAUGGGGUUGAGCCUGCGUGA